AUGACGGCGAAUUAUAAACACAACCUUCUGAAGGCAGCGCUUGCUUUCCUUCUACUUCCGAUAUUGCCGACGGCAGCCGAUUAUUGCACAUUCAACAAUGCCAGUUGCAUCGACGGCCUAGCUCAGGUUUCUGUUUCGUUCCAGUUUGACGCUAUAGCACCCACACCAAUUCUUUUCUAUUAUGCUUUCGACGCUGGAGUAGGUUCUCCGGGCUACGAAUCCUUGCCUGCGGUGAAAGUCGGAUAUUGGCUUCAGUAUGAUAGAGGAAUGCUCACGGAAUUCAAUUCGCAUCUCCGCAGCGUCAAUUGGACAACGGAAGUGGCGUUGCGUAUCGGGAAUUUGAGCGGUUAUGUUGGUGGUGCCAAUAAUGGUUGCGAUGGCGUUUGGGGUGAAUCAUGUUCCGAGAACUUGAAGAAGUUCUUGCGGUCGUCGAUAUAUAACCUCAGUACUUCAGCAGUGCCUUACGACUUACCGUUAAACACGGUGUUGCAGCCGUUGACAACUGCUAGUCCUGGGCCUUUUAUUGACGGGUGUCCAACUUCAUUGUUCCAGUUGGAUCAGAUUCCCACCUAUGCUGUUAUCAACGCCACAACCAUUGGCAACAAUAACGCCACAGAAUCCGUGAGUGUCGCUGCGCCAGGCAAUCCAGCUUCCCCUUGGCGGACAUGGUACCUUCCCGGCGCAGAACCGCUCGUCCAGGCGCAACAGGUAGCCGUCGGUAUUAUCGCGCGUGGACCGACUCAGGGCUCAAAACCAGUAAAAGGGCCGGACGAUAUCCCAGUCGAAUUGAUAUGUGCGAAAGCACCAAGACAGCAUCAUCACCAUCCAUUUGGUACCAGCGAUCAAGAUGUUGACAAUAAAUCCAAUCAGGGAUAUGCCCGUGGUAUCAUCAAGACGUAUGCUUUUGAUGAGAACGACUUCCAGUAUCAAGUCGACGUCGGAGACGAGGAAGAAAUUGGGGAAGAAAUUGAAGAAGAAGAAGAAGAAGAAGAAGAAGAAGAAGAAGAUGAUAAUGAUGAUGAUGACGAUGAUUCGGUAACAGGGACGUAUGUAGAUUGCCCUGAAAGCAGCGCUACGGCUCUCUAGGUGAGAACUGGCGCCGUCGACACAUAAUCCUUCUCUUGAAUAUAUUAUUUCUGUACAUAAUACAUUUUGUGGCGUCGUGCGGCGUCGUCUGGGUAAAUAUGAUUCUAUUUUUGCGGUUCUUU